AUGGCACCCCAAAGCUCAGAGAAAGCAUUCAGCCGCGGCGUUGCAGUGAUAACAGGAGCCGGAGGAGGUUUGGGUUCUGGUCUCGCCCGGCACAUCGCUUCAUUCGGAAUGACAGUCAUUAUAGCCGACAUCGAUCUCAAACGUGCCGAGGAAGUUGCCUCAGAUAUCAGAACCUCCAGUGGAAAGGCCGAGGCGAGGGCUGUCGACGUAUCUCGACCAGAGGAGCUGGAUGCACUGGCCCAAUACAUUCACACGCACUACGGAGAUGUCCAACUACUCAUCAACAAUGCGGCAAUCGAGACACUGGGUCCGCUAUGGGAAUUAUCGUCCUCGCGAUGGGAGACGACUUUGAACGUCAAUAUCCAUGGUGUCAUUCAUGGCGUUCGGGCCUUUCUCCCCCGCAUGAUUUCUUCGGCAAAGGAAUGCUACAUCGCCAACGUUUCGAGUGUCGGGGCGUUCACCACCAUCCCAGGCCAAUCAGCAUAUGCCGUCACAAAGCACGCCGUACAAUCUUUCACCGAGUCACUUCAUGUGGAGUUGAGGUCUCAAAAGAUGCCCAUACAUGUUAGCUCUGUGAUUCCGGGACUGUUGAAUACUGGAAUCUUCGACCGUGCUCAGCACGAUAACUCUACGGCUGAUCCAGCUUGGGAGAAACAUCGAAGGUCAAUGGCUGAGUUGGCACGGGAGAAGGGAAUGGGCAUCGAUGAGGCGAGUCGUAUCAUCGUGGAACAGAUCGCGGCUGGGAAGCUCUGGGUUUGUACCCAUCCCGCUAUCAUGACUGAGAUAUUGCAACAGAGGAUUCAGUACUAUGAUGGCCAGGGAGAGCCUAACAUUCCGCCAGCAUAG